CCAGAUGUGUUCUGGUAAAGUUUUUCUUUAGAAGUGUUUUAUGAGAAUAUUAGCUCAUCUGUAUUUAAAGCGCAAGUUCUUGGAUCUGUAUCUUUGUUUGCUGCUGAUGUUUUCUGUGAACGCGAUCGUCGGUUUGAUUUGAUCAAAAAGUUUAAAGCAACAGAUCGACGGACCGCGGCGCUGAAAACUGAAACGCGGAAUCUGAACGGGUUUGCGAUCUGAUGGAGUAUUAUACACAUUCAUAAAAGAGAAAUUUUUUGCAGCUGUGUGAAGGCAACGGAACUGGAAAAUCAGCCCGAGACUGAUGAACAGAAGCGAGGCUGAUUCCUCAUUCCGCGUCCCGUUAUAUUCUGUUCCGGUCUGAAGAGCCUGUUUUUCGGUCAUGUGUUCACUGAAAGCUCUUCAGGACUGGUGUCGAGAUGUUUGUGAAGGUUACUCUGAUGUUCUGGUCACAGACAUGCGCUCCUCAUUCACAGAUGGACUGGCUUUCUGUGCGAUCAUCCACAGACACAGACCCGAUCUACUAGAUUUUCACUCACUGUCCAAACACAAUGUCUACGAGAACAUGCGUCUGGCGUUUGACGUUGCGGAGCGUGAGCUGGGAAUUCCUGCUCUUUUAGAUCCGGAUGAGCUGGUGUCUGUGGAGGAGCCAGAUCAUCUGUCCAUCAUCACUUACGUCUCUCAGCUCUACUGUUUCUUCAGAGGAAACUCUCACGAUGUGAUCAGGUCUUCCGAUAAGCGAGUUUGUAGUGUCUGUCACACAUGUGUUCAUCUCAUUCAGAGGGUUUUGGUGAAGGGACGCCUGUAUCACCGCUCCUGCUUCAGAUGCAGUCGCUGUCGUCGCGCUCUGCUGCCGAUCUCUUUCACAGUGGACAGUGAGACGGGUUCACUGCAGUGCAGUUAUCCCUGCAGACCUGCUCCUGAAAAUGACCGGCCCGCAGAUCACUCACAGAACGACACCUGUGAGACGGAUGGAGACAGGAGAGAGACCGAUGGAGACGUGGUGAAUGAUGGACAUCUCUCCACCUCAUCAGAGACUGAUCUACAAGAACCUCCCAAACCUGCUCCCAGAAAGAGGGCGGAGCCUCAGGAACCUCCUCACCCCGCCCCCAGAUCACCGGAUCAUCGCCUUGACAACGUCUCGUCUCAGAGCAUUGUUCGUAAGGAACAUCCCUGGAUGAAGCUGGUUGAUCCGGGUCCCUGGUAUCGUCUUCCUCCGGCUCCGGCUCCAUCCGCUCAUUCACACCGCCAGCCCGCAACCUUUAACCCCUUCCUGGAGGAAGAUGAGGACGAGUCCAAUGAUGAAGAGACAAACCCUUUCAGUUGUGAAAACUCAGUUGCACACAAACCCCAAACCUCAUCCUCAGUUCCCAGCAUGCACCAGGCUGCAGCUCCUGUUCAUGGUUUACCGCUCAUCAAGAGGAAGGUGAUCACACACACACGCGUGUCAGAGAAGCAGGUGUGUGAGGAGCAGAAGAAGCUGGAGGAGCGUCUGCUGGAGCUGGAGAAGAGAGGAGUGCAGCUGGAGAGAGAGAUGAGGAGAUGCAUCAGCGAGAAUCUUCUAGUCGACUGGUUCCUUCUGAUUCAUGAGAAGAGCAUGUUGGUGCGCAGAGACACAGAGCUGGUGUAUAUGGUGAAGCAGCAGCGUCUGGAGGAUCAACAGAUUGAUGUGGACUCUGAGAUCAGACGCCUCUUCAACAAACCAGAGCAGGACUGGAGCUCCGACGACAGACAACAGGAGCAUCAGCUGAUGUCACGCCUGCUGUCAAUCAUCCAGCAGAGGAAUGACAUCAUCAGCAGCCUGGAUCAGGACAGGAAGAGGGAGGAGGAGGAGGACGAGAUGCUGACGGCUGUGAUCCAGAGGAUGGAGCUCCUGACACAGCCGGACAAACAGCCGGACAAAUGCAGCAGGUUUAAACGUCUUCAGAUGUUCAAGAAAUCCAGCCGUAAGACUGAAAACACCAGCAGAAGAAAGAAGAAAAACAGCUGAAGAACAGAAAGAGACUUAAGAUGCUUAUUCAGAAAUGUACAGUAACGGUAAAAACACCCUUCAGGACAAACUGAACCGUUUCUACCCCUUUUGUUUAUUUUUACACUUAUAUGUCUGUAUUUUUAAUUAUUUUUAUAAUUAUUAUUAUAUGACACACUUUUAUAAUUAACCAGGAAAGUUUCUUCUUUUAAAACUAGGAUAUUUGUGCGAGAGGAUUUGGAAAAUGUUCCAUUCACGUUUCCUCAACAUAUAGGUUCUGUGAACGUCUCUGCUACUCAGACCAAUUUAUAUUUAUUUGAAAUUAAAAAUUCAUA